AUGUCGUCCGCCCUCAGCAAGCGCCAGCAGGCGCGGAACGAGAAGCAGCUCCACGACCUCGUUCAAAAUGUGCCGGGCAACAACAUUUGCGCCGACUGUCAGGCGCGCAACCCAGGCUGGGCAUCAUGGAGUCUCGGUGUCUUCUUGUGUAUGCGGUGUGCCGCCCUCCAUCGCAAGCUCGGGACUCAUGUGUCCAAGGUGAAGUCGUUGAGCAUGGAUAGCUGGUCCAACGAGCAGGUUGAGAACAUGCGCAAGGUUGGCAACAUGGCUUCCAACAAGAUAUACAACCCCAAGAACCAGAUGCCCCCUGUUCCUGUCGACGCGGACGAGGCCGAUUCGGCCAUGGAGCGCUUCAUUCGACAGAAGUACGUGACAUCGGCCCUGGGCAAUGCCAAGACCCGUCGCCACAACACGGGCAGCUCUGACUCCGAUGACAAUCCGCCACCCCUCCCACCCAAGACACCGAGCCGGUUUGGCUUCCGGUCUGCCUCGUCCAUCUUCCCGAUUUCCUCGCGAGCAAAACGCGACGCGUCUCAGUCUGCCGGGUCCGGUGAUUUCAACAACGACGGCGGUUACGACAUGGGUGGCGGUUCACGGCGUCCGAUAUCUCCGCUCCCGCGCUCCUCCUCCUACACACAUCCGGGCUCUGCCGAUUCGCCACCGCUCCGCAGCAAGACGUCCCAGAUGUUUGGUGCCAGCGUGCAGCACGACUCGGGUGCCGAUCUCGACACGAAGCUGACCAGGCUACGGGACAUGGGCUUCGCCGACGAAAAGCGCAACGCGGCUGUGCUCAAGGGUGUCAGCGGCAACAUGCAGAGAGCUAUAGAGAACCUGGUGCGCAUGGGCGAAGGUACGGCCGAGGGCCGCUUGUCUCCCCAUCCGUUGACGGCGAUGCGCGACAGCUCGCUCGCUGCACCGACUGGCAGGGCUACAUCCUCUGGACUAGCUGUUCCGGCGUCGGCAUGGCCGACGCCAUCUUCACCCUCGGCUACGAGCAGCAAUUACAACCCGUUUGAUAUGCUGGACCUCCCAUCUCCGGCGCCUCCGCAGUCGGCGCAGUCGACGGGCACGCUGCAGAACAAGAACCCGUAUAACAGCAGCACGACCGACCAGUACGGGUUUCCGAAACCGCAUGCAAACGAUCCGUUCGCCCAGCCCGCGCCGUCGUUCAUCAACGCGCUCAAUAUUGACCAGGCCUUCCAGAGCAUGACCCUGGCCCCAUCUCAGCCGCUGUUUCCACACCACACAGGGGGCCUGUCGUUCCAGCAGCAGCAGCAGCAGCAGCAGCAUCAACUACAGCAGCAGAUGCUGGCUCAGCAGUCUUACCAGACACCUCCUGCGUCAACUCUGGGGAACGCUGCACUAAGCUACUUUGCAACCGCUCCGGCGGGGAAUGGACAGCAGGCAUUUGCUCAGCAAUCGCAAUACAACAACCCGUUCCUCAACAAUAAUGCCAACGGCAACCAGAUGGGUCAGCAGACCAUGAUGCACUCGCAGCAAAUGCACCAGCCUCCAUCGGCCAUCAACACGGCUGCAGCUGCAGGGUUUGCGGCCAACCCGUUUACACGAUCGCCAAGUCUCAUGCAGUCCCCGUCGCUUGCACCACAACAGCUUAGCUCAUUGCAAGGUGCUGUGACAGGCCCAGCACAAGGCGUUGGUAACACGCUCGGACAGAGUGGAGGAGGAAACCUAGCAGCACCGUUCCCAUCAUUGACUCGCAGUGCUACGACCCCACUGCCGACGGCCAACAACCCGUUUUUUGGCAUGGCUGGUGGUGCGCCUACUACGUCAAUGGCCACGAUGCAAGCAUCACGACCGCCGCCGCCGCCGCCGCCAGCUCCUUCUGCAGGAGCUGCGACUAAGGCAGACCCGUUUGCUGGCAGUCGGAGUCGUGACAGCAUAAUGGCACUGGGUCUGGAGUGGAGCAACGGGCGGCACAGCCCUGACGCGUUCACAAGCCUAAGCGCCCGGAACUAA